AUGUCCUCUUCCUCCCCCAGCGGGCAGCGGCCGCAGCAGGCGGCGGGCGCGGCGGACAUCAAGCGCGAGAAUGGGCUGGAGGGCGCCCCGGAGGGGGCCCCUCCGGAGGGGGCGCGGCGGAGCCCCCCGAGCCCGCUCUCGCGCCCGAUCGCGGCGCCCUUCGCCCUGGAGCCCGGCGCGGAGCCCCUCCAGCUGUGCGCCGAGGCUCUCCAGAUGCAGGCGCGCGCGGAGCCCGCGUCCCCGGGGCCCCCGGCGCUGUCGCCGGCGCUGUCGCUGUCCCCCGAGCACGUCGCGUGCGUGUGCGAGGCGCUGCAGCAGGGCGGCCACCUGGACCGGCUGGCGCGCUUCCUGUGGUCGCUGCCGCGCGGGGACCUGCUGCGCGGCGACCAGAGCCUGCUGCGGGCGCGCGCGCUCGUGGCCUUCCACCAGGGCGUGUUCCCCGAGCUCUACCGCAUCCUGGAGGGCCACAGCUUCGACGCGGCGCACCACCCGCUGCUGCAGCGCCUGUGGUACCAGGCGCGCUACCAGGAGGCCGAGCGCGCGCGCGGCCGGCCGCUGGGCGCCGUGGACAAGUACCGGCUGCGCCGCAAGUUCCCGCUGCCGCGCACCAUCUGGGACGGCGAGGAGACGGUGUACUGCUUCAAGGAGCGCUCGCGCAACGCGCUCAAGGAGCUCUACCGCCACAACCGCUACCCGUCGCCCGCAGACAAGCGCCACCUGGCCAAGAUCACCGGGCUGUCGCUCACGCAGGUCAGCAACUGGUUCAAGAACCGCCGCCAGCGCGACCGCAACCCGGCCGAGGCGCAGUCCAAGAGCGAGUCCGAUGGCAAUCCUAGCACUGAAGAUGAGUCCAGCAAGGGACACGAGGAUUUGUCUCCGCAUUCUCUCUCCAGUCCAUCCGAGGGUGUCACCAACCUCAGCCUUUCCAGCCCCAUGGAGCCGGUAUAUAUGCAACAAAUCGGAAACGCCAAGAUCUCCCUAAGCUCUUCCGGAGUCUUGUUAAACGGAAGCUUGGUGCCCGCAAGUACUUCGCCUGUCUUCCUUAACGGAAACUCUUUCAUUCAGGGACCCACCGGAGUCAUCCUUAAUGGAUUAAACGUGGGGAACACACAGACCGUGUCACUGAACCCACCAAAGAUGGCUUCCAACGUCGUGAGCAAUGGGCUGUCCAUGACUGACAUUCUGGGGUCCGCCUCCCAGGAUGUGAAGGAAUUCAAAGUCCUCCAGAGUUCUGCAGCUAACUCCGCCAUCACCUCCUACACCCCCAGUGCCCCUGCCUCAUUCCCAGGGCUGAUCCCCAGCACAGAAGUGAAGAGGGAAAGCAUCCAGACAGUGGCUUCCCAGGAGGGGGGCUCUGUGGUGACUUUUACGACGCCCGUGCAAAUCAACCAGUAUGGCAUCGUCCAGAUCCCCAAUUCCGGGGCCAACGGCCAGUUCCUUAAUGGGAAUAUUGGAUUUUCUCCAUUGCAGCUGCCUCCUGUCUCAGUGUCAGCCUCACAAGGUAAUAUUUCAGUCAAUUCAAGCACUUCUGACUGCAGCACAUUCACAAGCGAGCCCACCCCAGUCCAGCAAGGCAAGGUUUUCUUGAGCUCCCUGGCCCCCAGCGCGGUGGUCUACACCGUCCCCAACUCAGGCCAACACCUCGGAUCUGUGAAGCAGGAAGGCUUGGAAAGGAGCCUCAUCUUUUCCCAGUUGAUGCCCGUUAAUCAAAACGCACAAGGAAACGCCAACCUGUCCUCGGAGAAUAUCUCAGCAAGUAGCCUUCACCCACUGGCCUCCUCUUUGGUCAACGUGUCCCCCACUCACUCUUUCCCCCUGACUCCCCCGACCCUGCUCAAUCCCGCUGAGCUCACCCCUGCCAUCGCAGAGAGCCAGCCCCUGUCCACCUCUGUCGCCAGCAAAACUACUGUGACCUCGGUCAGCAGCACUAACUACGUCACCCUUCAGAACUGCUCGCUGAUUACUGGCCAAGAUCUGUUGUCAGUCCCCAUGACUCAGGCUGCCCUGGGGGACAUGGUGGCAGCGGCCGAAGACCAGGUGAGUCACCCUGCCCCUGCCGUGCACCAGGAUUUUGUGCGGGAUCAUCGUUUGGUCCUGCAGUCGGUCGCUAACUUAAAAGAUAAUUUCUUGACAAAUUCUGAAAGCAAAGCGACAAACAGCUUAAUGAUGCUAGACUCUAAAUCCAAAUAUGUCCUGGACGGCAUGGUGGAGGCGGUCUGUGAAGACCUGGAAACAGACAAAAAAGAACUCGCUAAGCUCCAGACUGUCCAGUUGGACGAGGAUAUGCAAGACUUAUGAACUGCCUUGCCUUUUUUCUUUCU